AUGCAAGCCACAAUACCGAUGGGUACAUACCCACUCAGAGUGCAGUCUGUGCAACCCGGCUGGGAACCCAGGAAAACUGCAUACACGGCGGUGAAGCAGGCUCCGAAAUGGUGGAACUGUGCGCGGCGCCCCCCAUCUGGGAGUCAGCACAAAGCAGCACGGAAGAAGGAGCCACAGAGGGGGACAAAGCUUCAAACGCGCGUGGGACCCGCCACACCAAGCAGAUCGCCGGCUGCGGGACAAUGGUGCAGUGAAGCCUCCCAAGCUGCAGGUGUAACCCAUCACCCGACAAUGGCACAACGAAGCAGGAGACCCAAGGUGAAGCGGAGGGUAGGUGACCCAAUAAAGCGCAAUAUGAACACUAUGCACCACAAACCAAGUAAGUCACUGCUGCCGCAAGCAAAGCUCAGACAGACGUCGAACACCUUUCCGGAAUUCCACUUUAACCUUACCUGCUCCCACUCCAGCGGGAUGAUGGGCCUGACACCGGGACUCUCAUGGCAGAACUUAGUUUGGCUCCAGCGGGGAAUUGGCUGA